AUGUGGAAGAAAUUCAACUUCUUUGACAAGCAUACAGUGAGUGAUGAGAAAUCAUCAAAAUUUUUCUCUCAGACCAAUGUAACUUGUUGUACUAGCGGAAGAAGUAAUAUUAUAUUCGGAGAUAAUCGUGGUACUUUUCAUGUUAUGGAUAAAAAUUUAAAUACACGUCAAUGUAAAGCCUUUGAAGCAAGAGUUAAUCACAUCAAACAUAUUGCUAAAUCUAAUUGUUUAGUUGUUGUUGGUGAUGAUGGUGGAGAAGCCUAUCAGGAUGUAUUGAAAAUUUAUUCUCUUGACAAGUAUAAAGAACACACAAAGGAAGGUCACACAAGUUUUGGUCAAUAUCAAUUAGUAAGAGAUAUCAAGAUAUUUAGUCAGAUCAAAGAUAUGGAACCUUAUCCGGUGUGUUGUUUUGAAGCAAAUCAAGAUUUUAAUUGUAUUGCACUUGGUUUAGGAAAUGGUAAAAUUAUUAUAUUUGAAGGUGAUUUUACAAAACAAGGAGGAAAGUCAUCACACAAAGUGUUUUUAUUGGAUGGUGCUCCAAAUGAGAGAAUAACAGGAUUAGGAUUUAAGAGAUAUGGUAAUUCACCUAAUGAUUAUACUUUAUUCUGUUGUUCACUUACUCAAGUUUUUAAAUAUUCUAUUAAUACUAAUAGCAGUACAUCACAAAGAGCACUUGAACAAUCAAAAGUAAUUUUAGAUGACACUAUUGGAUGUGAAGUUGGAUGUAGUACUUUGAGUAAUGAUGGAGAUUUUGUGGUUUCUUCUAAAUCUGCUGUUUGGUUCUUUAAACCUGAAGGAAAAGGAUCUUGUUUUGCUUUUGAAGGUAAAAAGAUCUUGUCACAUUGGUUCAGAAAUUAUUUAAUUGUUAUUAGUUCAGAUAUUAACACAACCAGUAGCAAAUCUCAACAAGUUAUUACUAUUUAUGAUUUGAAAAACAAGUAUAUUGCCUUUAGAUAUUCGAGUGACAAAUUACACAUUACACAUAUUCUUCAAGAAUGGGGUAAUGUCUUUUUAUUGUCGAAUAUUGAUGAAAACAAAUCUGAACAACAAAUGUUCCUUUUGGAAGAAAAAGAUACCCAAUCCAAGUUGGAAUUGCUUUUACAAAAGAACUUUUAUUCGAUUGCCAUCAGUUUAGUUGAUAGUGAACAACUUGACAGUAAUUACUUGUUUGAAAUUUCAAAACAAUAUGGUGAUCACUUGUAUUCAAAGAAAGAUUAUGAUGGAGCUAUGAAACAAUUUUGUAGAACUAUUGGUAGAUUGGAACCAUCCUAUGUUAUCAGAAAAUUCUUGGAUGCAAACAGAAUUCGUAACCUUACAGAAUAUCUUGAAACCCUUCACGAAAAACGUCUUGCCACCUCUGAUCACACAACCCUCUUGUUAAACUGUUACACCAAAUUGAAGGAUGAAAGAAAGGAAAAACUCGACAAGUUUAUCAGUAUGCAAGAUAAGCUUAUGUACGAUGUAGAGACAGCUAUUAGAGUUUGUAGAAAAGCCGGCUACAAGGAACAUGCCCUCAUUUUGGCCAUGAAACACAAACAACACGAUUGGUACAUUAAGAUUCACUUGGAGGACUUUGAUACAGAUAAUUUGGACAAGGAUAAUGGCGAGAAGGUUGAUUCUAAAGAGAACUUUAGAAGAGCGCUCAAAUAUAUUGAAUCUCUUGCCUUACCUGAAGCUGAAAGUUAUCUGAAAACCUAUGGUAAAACACUCAUUUCACAUUUACCAAAAGAGACUACUAACGCUCUCAUAAGAUUGUGUACAGAAUAUUUCCCAAUUCACCCUGCUGAAACAAAUAGAGUUUUGGAUAGUGAUAUCAAGUUAACUCAAAAGAGAAUCAUUGAUAAUUACAAGCUUAGAAUUAUACCAAACUCCAAUGAUUCAAGCAACCAAGCAGAAAAGAAGAAAGAAGGGGGUAUUCUGAAUGUACUUCUAGGUUUGAAACAAUCAUCUGCUAAUCUUGAAUCUCAAAUUGUUAAAACUACCGGAUAUGAAGAUAUGUAUAAUAAUCAACACAUUGAACAUGCUAAACCAAAACCAGAGUCAUAUAUUCAUUGCUUCCCAAGUAAGGAUCAAUACUGGUUAAUGAUAUUUUUGGAAAAUGUUAUUUGGAGAACUCUUCGACCAGAUACAUCACAUUCCAAGGUUGUGUACAAUACGCUCAUUGAACUUUAUCUUAAAUAUUUGGAUACUGAUUCUAAGAAAAGACCAGAACUUGAGCAAACUCAAGGCAUUUCUGAUAGAUAUGAAAUUCAGCCACCAAGCACAGAUAUUGCCAAUUUGAGCUUUAAAGAUAGAUUGCUUUAUACACUCGACCAUCCACAAUCUAACUAUGAUAAGGAGCACGUUCUUGUUCUUGUCCAAUCACAAAACUUUAAAGAAGGUGUACUCAAGAUUUAUGAUACUUUGGGUCUUCACUAUUAUAUUAUCCAAUAUUAUAUGGAGCAACGUGAUUACAAGAAUGUAAUCGCCUCUGUUAAUCAAUAUGGUGACAAGGAUCCAAAUUUGUGGGUUCAAGUUCUCACAUAUUUUGCCACAUUGGAUGAUAAUGUUGAAGAAGAAUUAGCUAUUGUAUUAGAAAAGAUUGAAAAGGAUGAAAUUUUACCUCCAUUACUGGUUGUUCAAAUUCUUGGUAAGAAUGAAAAGACCAAACUCUAUUCUGUAAAGGACUAUCUGAUUUCUAAAAUUCAAAAAGAACAAGAAAUGAUAAGAGAAGAUGUAGAAAAGAUCAAGGAAUUCCAAACUGAAACUGCUCAAAUGAGAAAGGAAAUUUACGAUUUACAAACCAGUGCCAAAACUUUCCAAGCUACCACUUGUACUUUCUGUAAUGCUCAAUUGGACUUGCCUGCUGUACAUUUCAUGUGUAAUCACUCAUACCAUCAAAGAUGUCUCCUUGUUGGUAAUGAAGGUGAAUGUAGAGUUUGUUCUGAUAAGCACAGAGAUAUUCUCCAAAGAAAGAGAAAAUUCGAAGAGUCGAGUGAACAACACGAAUCCUUCUUUAAGCAACUUAAUACCAAGAAGUUGGAUGGUUAUUCUCUGGUUUGUGAAUAUUUUGGACGUGGUAUUGGUACAGUUUUCACUAAAGCUAAAUUAUUGGCAGAUAUUGAGGAAGUGUCAAUACCAGCAAUAGCUGAUGAGGAUGAAGAGGAAGAUGAGGAUGAUGUUAGCAAUUUUACAAGUGAUGAUGAGGAUGAUGAUAUCGAUAGAAGAAGAAGACUUUUAGAAUAAAUUAUUAAAUUAUUAUUUGGA